UCAGUUUUAGGGAUCAGAUAAUUGAUGUGGUUGCUUGUUUAGGUUUGUUAUCUGUGGAUUUUUGUGAUUUAUUUUCAGCAGUUGUUUGCCCUCUUGGUCUGCAAUCAUGGGGAAGUCAUUUGCUAAUUUUAUGUGUAAAAAGGAUUUUCAUCCUGCAUCGAAAUCCAACAUCAAGAAGGUGUGGAUUGCAGAGCAAAAAUUAACAUUUGACAAGAAGAAACAAGAAGAUUUAAUGCAACAGUACCUUAAAGAGCAGGACACUUACAAUAACAGAGUGCUUAUGGGCGAUGAUCGAGUGAAAAAUGGUCUCAAUUUUAUGUAUGAGGCGCCACCAGGAGCAUCGAAAGAGGAGACAAAGGAGAAGGAAGGGGAGUCAGAUUGUAAAUUUGAAUGGCAGAAAGUAGCUCCAAGAGAAAAAUAUGCCAAGGAUGACAUGAACAUCAGAGAUCAACCGUUUGGUAUUCAGGUGCGGAAUGUGAGGUGUAUUAAAUGUCACAAAUGGGGACAUGUGAACACAGACAGAGAGUGUCCGCUGUUUGGUUUAUCUGGAAUCAAUGCCAGCUCAGUGGCGAAUGAUGAUGCAGGUCCGUCAAUGCACCCCUCCGAGUUAAUGGCAGAGAUGAGAAACAGUGGGUUUGCACUGAAACAAAGUGUACUGGGGAGAAAUGUGACUCUUUGUGAUCCAUCGCAGGAGUAUGUUGCAAGUGAAAAUGAGGAUGAUCCUGAAGUUGAAUUUUUAAAAUCGCUUACAACCAAGCAAAAAGAAAAGCUGCUCAGGAAACUUGAUCGCCUUGAAAAAAAAGGGAAGAAAAAGAGGAAACAAAAAAAGAAGAGCAAACGCAAGAAGCAGAAGGACAGCAGCGAGUCUUCCUGCACCAGCGACAGCUCAACCAGCGACAGUGAAUCGGAGAGACACCACAAGGACAAGAAACACAAGAAAAAAAAGUAUACCAGUGGAAGGAAGAGAGAGAGCAGUGACAAUAGCGAUGCGAAAGAGAGGUCGCAGAGCAAAAAAGAGAAGCCAUCGACUGGUAGACAGGAAAGGUCCAAACAGAACUCGAGGAACAAAAGCCCAAGAAAUGAGAGAAGUAGGUCAGAAAGCAGAAGCCCCAGCAAAGACAGAAUGGAACGUAAACAGAGAAGUAGAAACGGCAGAGAUAUGUCAAAAGAGAGGAGCAGGAGUAGAGGCAGGGAAGAGGAGGUGAGAAGCAAAGGAAAAGGAGGUAGGAUGACUGAAAAGAGAGACAGGCAUGGCAGCAGAGACAGGACCACAGGAAAUGGAGGCCAAAGUAGAAGUCAGAGUAGAGAGAAGGGUACAGAAAGAAGGGAAAGAGUCCAGAACAGCAAAAGUAACUGUAGAGAGAGUCACAGAGAAAGAAGGUAUAGAGAACGGAGUUGCAGCAGAGAGCGGCACACCAGAAAAGAUAGAAGCACAAGUCACAGCCGAGAGAGGCAUCCCAAAAGACGGGACCGAGACAGAAAAAAGGAAUCAUAGUGGAGGAAAAACAGAAAGGAACCCCCAGAUAUGUGAAUGCCACUGCAAAAAUAAGCGAGAGGGGCAAUAUAUUUCAUGUCAAGGGGUAAAGACUUGAUAGAAGCAGGAAGGUAUUUGAUUUUUUUUUUUCCCUCAAUACGUUGUGUUGCAUUUACUAUUGUAAAGGUUGAAACUUAAUUAUAUAUCUGUACAUCUAUAUUCUGUACACUUGCAGUUUGUAUUUGAUUGAGAAUAAAAAAAGAAAACGUUA